AUGGACGAUGGAAGAAAAAGGGAAUUACAUGAGUUAAAUGCCCGAGCUUGGAAUGGCGAGGAAGUCUUCCCCUUGAAAAGUAAGAAAUUAGACUCAAGUAUAAAGAGAAACACUGGUUUCAUAAAAAAAUUAAAAAAGGGAUUUGUAAAAGGUUCAGAAGCCUCAUUACUGAAGGAUCUAGGUGAGGCCUCCUUAGAAAAGUAUCUUUCGGAGAUAAUAGUUACCGUGACUGAGUGUCUGCUGAACGUUCCAAAUAAAAACGACGACGUAAUUGCCGCUGUUGAAAUUAUAAGUGGGCUUCAUCAAAGAUUCAAUAUUCGGUUCACUGGUCUUCUUUUGGGCGCUUUUUUACAAGCAUUUGAGAAUCCUUCAGUUGACAUUGAGUCGGAAAGAGAUGAACUUCAAAGGAUAAGUAGAAUCAAAGGAAAUCUCCGUGUGUUCACCGAACUUUACUUAGUUGGAGUUUUCAGGACAUUGGAUGAUGCUGAGUCAAAAGACACCAUACCAAACUUUCUACAGAAGAAAAUUGGCAAAAAAGAUCCCUUACUAUUUAGCAUCUUAAGGGAGGUACUUAAUUACAAGUUCAAACUGGGUUUUACCACCACUAUUGCGACAGCGUUCAUCAAGAAAUUCGCACCUUUUUUCCAUGAUGACAAUAAUUCUUGGGAUGACUUGAUUUCGGAUUCAAACUUGAAAUGCACCUUGCAAUCUUUGUUCAAAAUUUUUAUAGAUGCUACCUUUUCUAGGGCCUCAGAACUGCAUAAAAGGGUGAAUAAACUACAAAGGGAACAUCAAAAAUGCCAGAUAAGAACGGGAAAGUUGAGAGACGAGUACAUAGAUGAGUACGAUGAGCUACUUCCGAUAUUCAUCAGAUUCAAGAGUUCCGCGGUUACCUUGGGAGAAUUUUUCAAGCUAGAAACUCCAAAACUCGAAGGCGUUUCUAAUGAUGAUCUGAAAGAAAUUGCUUCUCCAAUGAUCACGAACCAGAUGUUACCACCGAAUCAACGAUUGUGGGAAAACGAAGACGCAAGGAAAUUUUACGAGGUUUUACCAGAUAUCUCCGAGGCCGUGGAAGAAUCACAACCCACCAAAACUGAAAAAGAUUCAAAUACGAACUCCAAAAAUAUCAAUCUAUUCUUUGCAGAUUUAGAAAUGGCAGACUCUAAAGAUAUAAUUGAUGAGCUCUCGAUCAGAUAUUGGUCGUCGCUUUUGGAUAAUAAAGCCACAAGAAACCGAAUAUUGAAAUUUUUCAUGGAAACACAAGACUGGAGCAAAUUGCCAGUAUAUUCCAGAUUUAUUGCAACAAACAGUAAAUACAUGCCAGAGAUCGUCUCCGAAUUUAUUAACUACCUGGAUAAUGGGUUUAGGAACCAACUGCAUUCUAAUAAGAUUAAUGUAAAAAAUAUCAUCUUCUUUGGUGAAAUGAUCAAGUUUCUAUUAAUACCGUCAUUUAUGAUUUUCCACAAGAUUAGAACAUUAAUUAUGAAUAUGCAAGUGCCAAAUAAUGUGGAAAUUUUGACCAUUCUAUUGGAACACUCAGGAAAAUUCCUACUAAAUAAACCAGAAUAUAAGGAAUUAAUGGAAAAAAUGGUCCAAUUAAUCAGAGACAAAAAGAAUGAUAGACAAUUGAACAUGAACAUGAAAGGUGCGCUGGAAAACAUAAUCACUUUACUUUACCCUCCGUCUGUUAAGUCUUUGAAUGUUGCAAUAAAAACGCUUACAUUAGAACAACAGUUUUAUCGUAUUCUGAUUAGAAGUGAACUAAGUAACCUAGAUUUCAAGCAUGUCGUAAAGCUGGUUCGUAAAGCCCACUGGGCUGAUUCAGCUAUUCAGAAAACACUAUUUUCUUUGUUUUCAAAGCCACAUAAGGUAAGUUACCAAAAUGUUCCCCUACUAACUAAAGUUCUAGGUGGUCUAUACAGUUAUCACCGUGACUUUGUCAUCAAGUGUAUAGAUCAAAUAUUAGAAAACACUGAACGGGGCUUAGAGAUCAACGAUUAUGGACAAAAUAUGCAUAGGAUAUCGAACGUGAGGUAUUUAACUGAGAUCUUUAACUAUGAAAUGAUAAAAUCCGACGUUUUGUUAGAUACCAUUUAUCACAUUAUAAGAUUCGGUCACGUAAAUAACCAACCCAAUCCUUUUUAUCUGAAUGAUUCAGAUCUACCAAAUAAUUACUUCAGAAUUCAGCUGGUUACUACAAUUCUACUAAAUAUCAACAGGACACCUGCUGCCUUUACUAAAAAGUGCAAAAUUUUGUUAAGGUUUUUGGAAUAUUACAUUUUUACCAAAGAUCAGCCUUUACCUAAAGAGACACAGUUCAGGGUUUCCAGCACAUUCAAAAAGUAUGAAAAUAUUUUCGACAACUCCAAGUUUGAAAGAUCAGAAAACCUGGUCGAAAGUGCUCUGAAGCUGGAAACUUUACUGAAAUCAUUAAACACUAUAAAAAGCAGAGAGACCGAAUCGGAAGGAUCUUCGGCAAGCACUGGUGGCGGUAUUGUAAGCGCAGUUUCCAUUGAUGUAAGUGCUGAUGAAAAUGAUGAUGAUGAUGAUGAUGAUGAUGAUGAUGAUGAUGAAAAUGAUGAUGGUGUCGAUUUAUUAGGAGAAGAUGAGGAAGUGGAGACAAGUGCGGCUGAUACUGAAUCAGUACCAGGGAAAUGUCAAGAGAAGCAUGAUGAGAGUGAGGAUGAUGACGAAGACGAAGACGAGGAUGAAGAUGAAGACGAAGAUGAAGAUGACGAUGAAGAUGAAGAUGAAGACAGUGAUUCUGAUUCCGAAUAUGGUGGCGAAGAUGAAGAUGACGACGAAGAUAGUGAUUCUGAUUUGGAAUAUGGUGGUGACCUUGACGCCGACAGAGAUAUUGAAAUGAAACGAAUGUAUGAAGAGUACGAGAAGAAAUUAAAAGAUGAAGAAGAAAGAAAGGCAGAAGAAGAAUUGGAAAGGCAGUUUCAACAAAUGAUGCAAGAAUCCUUAGACGCAAGAAAGAGCGAAAAAGUUGUUGCUAGCAAAAUACCAGUAAUUCCAAAGCCGGUUAGCGUACAAAAUCCCUUAUUGCUGAAAAAGAAUGAAAAGCUUUCUUUCAAUAUGAAAAACGACGAAGAAUCAUCUAAUCCAAAGAAAAUUGCAUUUACGUUUUUGACUAAGAGUGGCAAGAAAACGCAAUCAAGAGUUUUACAGUUACCGACGAAUGUGAAGUUUGUUUCUGAUGUUCUUGAAGAAGAAGAAAAGCUGAAAACCGAAAGAGACAAAAUCAAAAGGAUUGUUCUAAAACGCUCCUUUGAUUGA